GGAAAAAUGAGAGGGACGACGAGGAGAAGGAAAAAUCGGGAAAGGCGUCGACGGCGGGCGCGGAGGAAACUCCGACAAUAAGAUGGAUUUUCGUCCUUGCACCUAUCUUGCCGUUUGCGAGGUUAGCGUGGACUAUCCGAUGUUUAUACCCCGCCGCAGCUGCGCAUCAAACAGUUGCGAGGUUGGCGCAGAUUCCCGAUGUAACCUCGCCGCUGCGCAUCGUACAUAUAGAGGAAUAAGUGGACAAGGAGGAAUAGGAAAGAAGAACGAGACUCAAGGAAAUAUACGACGAUGGAGGUCGCAUAAGAUAUUGUGUGAGUGUGCUACGGCGGAAUAUGAAAGGAUUCGAAGGGAGACCUGGGAGACAUCGGACGACGACGGAACAACCCAGCGAAAAUGCCGGCUUCUGUUUACGAGCCAUAAAGAUUGCAACGCGACGACGAACCGACAUGCAUGCUCGAUUACGAUUAACGCCAGUCGGAGUAAUAAGUGAAGUAAGAAUAUUCGCUUUCCACUGCCUCUCGACAAGAAACGUGGCGUUACUUGAAUAUGUAAGUAUGCAAAGCGAUAUUAAUCCCUAGUGAAGAACACAGUGUUGAAAUUUUGUUCUCGACAUUUGGCCGUCGUUGUUGCCAUCCGCCACCUCUCUCCCCACCCUCUCCCGUAAAACUUCAUGCAUUAUUCUACGUUUAUGCACAGAAAAGAGAAAAUACCGAAAUUUGACAUUUCAUUUCCUCCAAAACCUGACGUAGUGCAGGGCGUUAAGGAAAGACGGACCAUUACGCAUUCAAAUAUCCCGCAAUAUUUCAGAGCAGGAAGCAUUUACGUAUAAGAAAAGAAGUGAAUGCGAAUUUAAAGAUUUAAAGACGUGACUCAUUAAAAGGAACACGGAUUCGUUAGAAUUUAUUCCGCGAUUUUUCAAUUGCUUCGUUAGGCGUGAACAAUCUUGCAACUUAUCGCGAAUGUACGGAAGUAAUACGACUGUUCUUAAAAUUAUGUUAAAUUAAAUUGUAUAUAAUUUCACUAAUUUAAUGAUGUUACAUACCUUGUUAAUUUUUAACAUUAUUUUACAUAUGUAUAGAUAAUGAUCGGGAAAUCUAGAAUGGUUUUUAUAAUCAAUAAUUUUAUACCGAGGUCAAUUGAGAACUAGCUUUUUGAUGGCGAUAGGUUUUCGAUAUUUUCCCCUUAACCAAGGUCGGUCGUAAAUCAUUCGAAAGCGGGCCAUUUUGUUUUUAUCCAUUCGGCCAGCCAACAGUUAUAAAUCAUAUCAAUGUGUCUUAAAAAUUGCAUUCUCU